AAAUGAAAAAAGCACCAAAAUUAAUUAAAUGUGUUAUCAACAAUGUAGAUAGAGGAAAAGCAAAAAAUUGUUAAAUCUGUAAUCAAUCUUUUUCUGCCCUUUCUGUAAAAGAGCAUUAAUGUAAAAGGUAAUAUAUGAUUUUAUAUAUCAUUAAGAUGUAAAAGGGCAGUAUGUGAAAAAUGUUCACCUCACAAAGCAUUCACAAUUAUAGAUGGUGUUCCAUCAAAAGCUACACAUAGAUAAUGCAGUUAUUGCAAAGAAGAAAGUGAAUAAUUAAGAAAGUUUAUUAAUCAAUACAAAAUUAUAUUCAUGGAAGAUACAUUUUCAAAAUAAUGGUUGAAAUCAUUUGGAAGUAGUGUUGAAUAAGCUAAUUUAGUAUUUAAUAUUUAAUUUUCAGGAUUUUGAUUAAUCUUAAAGAGAAUAGAACAACCAAAACAAUAAAGAAGAAAGUUCGAAAAUGAAAAUUGAAUUACCAUAAGUAUUUUAGGAGAUUGUUCACUUUAAAAAUUAUUCACUAUCAGAAUUCUUUUAUUUAGUAAUAAAAGAUUUUGAUAUUACUUUAAUUUUAGAUUCAAUUAAUCGAGUUCUUGGAACAUUUUUGAAAAUAUACCCAGAAGUUGGUUAUGUACCUGAUUAAGUUUUUUUAACUUUAUUUUUACUGUGUUUUUGUAGUGAAGCCUCAGCUUAUCAAAUUUUGGUAUUUAUUUAUUCACAUAUUAUUCCACAAUAUUCUUAUCCUUUGAGUUUAAGAAAGGAAAAAUGUGAAUACUUUACAGAAAUAGAUAAGACAAUGUUAGUAUUAACUUAGUCAUUCAAAAUAAGUUCUUAAGAUUCACCUUAUGUGAAAACAUUUCUAAGAUAUAGAUUGGCUCGUUACAUAUAAUCGUUUACAAUUAAUUUCUUUUUAUUUGAAACAACUUUCUUUAUCAUUAACUAGCUAUUUUUGUAACCAUAAAGUGCUUAUGAUGAUUUGACUAAAUAUUUAGCAUCUGCAUAUAAUAUAUAGAUAUAAAUCUUUCGAUAGUAAUCAUAAGAUGAUAUUGAAUUAAUAUUAUUAAGAAAUGUACGUUCUGCAAAAAUUUAGGAUGGAUAUUUCUUAACUAAAUAAGUUGAUUUUUCCAAAAUUAUUCCAGCAAUCUAAAAAUCUAAUAGCAGUAUAUCAGCAAGACAACAAUCAUUUAUACAAGAGAAAGAUUAAGAAGCAGGUAUUAAAUAUUAAGAAUAAAUUAUUAUAUUGAAAAAUGAAAUUGAGAGGCUAUAAAAAGUUAACCAAGAAUAAUCAAACAAAAUUGAGAAACAAAAAUUAGAGAUAGAAAAUUUAGAAUUAAAGUUAGAAUAAACAUCAUAAUUUAUAUCUUUAUAUAAGUCUCCAGAAAAAGAUAUUAAUUUGGAUUAAUAUAUUUCUUAUCAAGAUGAAGAAUUAUAAAGCCUUAGAAGAGCUACAUAAUAAUAAAAAUAAAAUAACUAGGAUUUUGAAAAACAAUAAUUGUAGGCCUAUAUUAAAAAAUUAGAGUCUUAAGUAUUUAUUGAGUAUAAAGCAAAUAUACAACUUAAAGAAUAAUUAGAAUAAUAGUAAUUAUCGAAAAGUUAUGCAUCUACAGCUAGUUAAGAUUAGUAUGAAUAGGAGAUUUUAGAAAAAAACUUCUAAAAAUACAAAAGAAAGUAUGAAAAAUUAAAAGCCAAAUAAUAAAAUUUAGAUUAAAAUUAAAAAUCUAAAAAAGAUUAAGGCCUUAUUACGGAUCUAGAAGCUAAAUUACAAUUAAAAGAUAAAUAAAUUUCUGAAUUAGAGUUAAAAUUAAAUAAAAACAAAUUUGAUACAACUGCUUAAAUUGUUGAAUUAGAAAGUUCGAUUGAACAAUUAGAAAAGUAAAAUAAGUUGUAUAAAAAAUCAAUUUAAGAUCUUGAAAAUAAAUAAUCAAGUUUAUAUAAAUAAGAUAAUAGUUUGGUUUUAACAUUAUAAAGAUAAAUCUCAGAUACAUAAAAUGAAUCAAAUUUAUAGCUUAGAUAAACAUAAGAUAGAUUUAAUCAGCAAAUACAAUCACUUAAAUAACAGUUAUAAAAAGAAUAAAAAGACAGAUUUUUAGCGGAAUAACAAUUAAAAGAUUUGACAUUAAAAUUAGAAACAUAAGAAAAAUAAUAAAAAAAUACAAUUACGCAAAAUAUAAAUAAUAAUUAAGAUAUUUUUAAAGACAAAGAGUAAUCGAAAGAUUUUUAGUAAAUUUAAACAUAAUUAAAAGAGUAGGAAGAAAAAUAUUAAUAAUUAAAAUAAAAACAUUAUGCUCAUUUAUAAAUGAUGAUUCAAGUAGAAAAGGAUAAAUUAGUAAAUCCAGAAAUUUAAAUAAGUCUUCUAAAUAGUUAAGAAAAAGAAAUUAAUGCAUUAUAAGAAAAAUUGGAGAAAAAGAAGAGUAAAAUUAGAUAAUUUAAAUAAAAAGAAAAAGCUUGGAUGAAAAUAAAUUAAGAUAAUGUUGUUAAAAUUAAUGAAACAAUAGAUAGUAAAUAGAUUGAAGAAUUAAUAACUAAAAUAAUUAUAUUAUUGAAUUUAGAUGAUAAAAUUUAAAAAAACAAUAUAAAUGAUUAAGCAAUAUCUUUAUUAAUAGAGAAAAUUAGUCAUUUAAUUGAGAAAUAAACAGAAUUUUCAGAGGAUUUCUCAAAUAUUUUUGAGGAUAGUUAAUUUGUAAAAAAGUUAAAUGAAUUGAUUGAGUAAGUUGAAGAUUCCUUUGUUUUUGAUUACAAUUCAUUAAAUUUAUUGAUUGAAAAAAUAAAUAGUGUUUUUUAACGAAUUAAUUCUACUAAAAAAAAAAUACUCUAGAUAUUUAAACAGACAUUCGAUUAAAAUGAUUUAAAUUAAAACCCAAAUUUAGACAUUGUAAUAUUAUAAUUAUAAUAAAAACUAUAAUAAUUUUAAAUCGGCAAAGAAGAAUUAGAAUCAAGAAUUUAAUAAUUAUAAUUAUCAAAGAAUAAAUACUUAGAAGUAUAGGAGGAAUCUAAAAGAGAAAAGAAGAUUUUAUAAGGAGUAAGAGAUAUAAUUAUAGAUUUACCUAUUUUUUCUCCUUCUGAAGUAUUUUCUUUUUCAGAAUAGAAGUUUAAAAACAAAUAAAUUGAUUAAGAAGAUGCCAAAUUAAUUCUUGAAGUAAGAAAUCAAUAAAUAACCACAUUAAAAAUGAUUUUAAUUGAAAAAUAAAAUCAAUUGGAAACUCUUAAUAAUGGAAUGAUUAAAUUAAAGGAUUUGAUGAGCAAUUAUUUUGUUCAAAUAAUGAAGUGA